AUGGCAAACCCCGAGGAUUUGCCCGAUGACGAUCGUUUGGUGGAGCUGUCAUCUAUUGAAGCCAUCUACCCGGAAAUCCAGAUUGAUCCUUCAGCACCUUUCCGGGCGUCAUUACACAUACCUGUCAGGCCUGCGACACCCCUCCGGGUUCGCUUUCAGCAAUAUGCAGAAGCCGGUCCACCAACCGUCUUGAUUUCUCCAGUACCUCUGGGUGCUGACGAAACUGGUCCUGUAUCUGCAACGAAGGCUGACGACGACCUACAUGUCCUCCCGCAUCUUCCUCACAUACACCUCGAAAUCGAUCUGCCCGAAGGCUAUCCAUCCGCACAGCCGCCCAUUCUAAGAAUCAGUACCAACCCAUCAUGGCUGCCCUUGUCCGUCGUUUCCAAGCUUUUGGACGAUGGUAAGCGCCUCUGGGAGGAAUGUGGGAGGGAAUUGGUCAUAUAUACUUACAUUGAUCAUCUUCAACAGUUAGCUGACACAUCGUUCGGGAUUCAGGACCUUUCAGGUGGCGAGUUACUGCUUCCGCGAGAGCUUAAAAUUGCUAUGCUGGAUUUUAAUAAUAAGGCCGAAAGGGAAAAAUUUGAACAGGAGACUUUCGAGUGCGGGGUUUGCCUAGAGCCGAAGAAAGGCUCCAUUUGCCAUCGGCUAUUCCAGUGCUCUCAUGUGUUUUGCGUGCCAUGUCUGCAGGAAUUUUACAACACUUGUAUCACGGAGGGUGAUGUGGACAGCGUCAAAUGCCUGGCACCUGAUUGUGGCAAGGUACAGAAAUCCAUGUCUAAUGUAGAGGGUCAAGGCAAGAAACGGAAAAAGAAUGACCAAACACUGAGUCCAAGUGAGCUUCUCCAGAUUCCGUUAGGGGAAGACACCGUACAGCGGUAUGUUUUCCUGAAGCGGAAGAAGAAACUGGAGGCGGAUAAAUCAACAGUGUAUUGUCCCCGGCAAUGGUGCCAGGGCGCGGCUCGCUCGAAGAAACAUCCCAAACCCGUUGACCCCAUGGCAAAUGACUCGGAUUCUUCUGAGGAAGAGGAAGAUGAAGAUGGUAUUGCGUUUGAUCCUUUGGGAGAUGAGGCUCAGCUGCCUCCGAUGGCGGACCGUGUGGCUAUCUGCGAGGAUUGCAAUUAUGCCUUCUGCAUUGUCUGCAGGAAAGGAUGGCAUGGCGAGUUGGUGCGGUGCUUCCCCCGCCGAGAAGCAGAACUAUCUGCGGAAGAGAAAGCCACGGAGGAAUACUUGAAACUUUACACCUCACCUUGCGCGGCCUGCGACGCUCCUUGCCAGAAACGCAUGGGCUGCAAUCACAUGAAAUGUUUUAAAUGCAACACUCACUUCUGCUACCUUUGCUCAAGCUGGCUUGCAGAAGACAACCCUUACUUUCAUUUCAAUGAUGUCAAUAGCGGAUGUUUCAACCGACUCUGGGACAUGGAGGGAGGCGACGGCAUCAACCCGGAGGGAGCAGAGGCUCUACAUCGGUUCCCAAACGAAUUGGCUGACUUCGAUGAUACUGAUGAGGAAGACCAACCUGGAUGGGGUUUCCCCGACGGCAACGACAUCAGACGAGGAGGACGACCUCCGCCGCCUGCUCCCGCACCACCACGGGUCAAUCAAGGCGCCGGUGGUCCUAGACAGCGUGCGGGCGGGGCAGAUGCGAAUGGCUUAGAUGCGGCAGGCAUGGCCGCGGCCGCAGAGAUACAAGCCCAGGCACAAGCGAUGGCUGAAGUCCGAGCUCGUGCUGGUGCUGAACGACCCCGGCAACAGGCCCAUGAAAAUGGACAGGUCCCACCAGAACAGGUCAGGAAUCUAGGACUUCAGCGAUUCUUGGAAUUGGUUCAGAAUGACCGAGAGGAUGAAUGGGACAGUGACGAACUUGAUGAAUUUUAA